AUGGCCGACGCGUCUCCCUCCCACCCACUGCCUUCCCUGUCCCUUCUGAGAACCCUCGAACCCCCUGGCUCAGGGAAGACGCGAUCAUGGCAAUCAAUCCCGCAUCCAGACCCGUCUACACCGCUCCUCGCAACCGGCUCCGCAGACAAGUCCGUCAACAUCUGGUCGCUGCGAGAUUUCUCCCUGAUCUCGACGAUAAGCGGAGGACAUAAGAGGAGCGUGAGAACUGUCGCGUGGAAGGAUUUCGGCGGCAGCACCAAGGUCAGGAGGAAGACGGAGCGGAAGAAACCUGUGGUGUUGGGCACAGGUAGCUUUGACGCGAAUGUCGGGAUUUGGAUGUGGAAUGAUGAUCGGAGGUGGGCGGCCUUUCGAGAUGCAGACGAUCAAGAGAAUGAGAAAGGCCGAACGCCGCAGGAUGAAAGGAGCAUGUCUUCUGACACGGGCGAAGUCGACAUGACCAACGACCUGGCCGACGACGAAGAUGAAGAGUGGCAUUUUUCCACUCUGCUGACGGGUCCCGAUUCCGAGAUCAAAUCCAUUGAAUUCUCGCCUCCCCAUUACCCGGCGAACCUCUUGGCGACCAGCUCAAGAGACAAGAGUGUUUGGAUCUGGGAAGAAGUAGAGCCCGAAGAGUGGGAAACUAUUGCGGUCCUGAGUGAGCAUACGGGCGAUGUCAAAUGCGUUGGUUGGUGUCAGGGGGCAAGAAGGGGGAACGGCCGCAGGUCGAAGCGAAGAAAGCUCGAAGAUGCAGGAGAUCGAGACGGAGAUGUCGAUAUGGGAGACACAGUUGGGCGACCAAACGGCCUGAGUUCCGCAACAACAAGGACCCAACAAGACGUCGACGUCGACGAAGAAGACGAGGUGGACGUCCUUGGCUGUCGCCCCAUCCUGGCGAGCGGUUCAUACGACGACACAAUCCGCCUCUGGCGGGACGUCGAGGAAGAAGGCGACUGGAUCUGCGUCAGCGUGAUCGACGGCCACGGGGGGACAGUUUGGGAUCUUAAGUGGGAGAAACACGUCAAUUACUCCCUCUUGGACCUCUCGCAGUGUCGCAACGAACGAGACCGAGAGGUUGCGAUACGAGAAUUUGAAGCAGAUUGGAUACCUCGCAUCAUCUCUUGCUCCGACGACCUUACGGUGCGUGUGUGGAGAAGGGAAUUAAGUGAGGCCGAAAAAGAGAAGAGAAGAGCACAGUCGCAACACCAGUCGGCGCCAAUGGGAUUUGCGUCCUCGCGAAUACCCAGCGUGAUCCGCCCGAUGAGCGCGAUGGAGAAAUGGGUCGACGACUCGACAUUGCCCGCCGUGCAUGUACGGAGUGUAUAUGCAGUGGAUUGGUCGAAAAGGACCGGGAUGGUGGUGAGUUGCGGCGGAGACGGCACGAUAGCGGUGUACAAGGAAGUAACUGCGCCAGCAUCCGCAUCAGCAGCCGCAGACAGUGCGUCGAGCGGUGGAAGUAUGGAAGGAGACGACGUCGUCAUGAACGGCACGACGACAACAUCGCUAUUACCCAGGCCCACCCCAGAGAACAAUAACGUCCAGGGCGGCGACGACGCGCCUUACAGGCUGCACCGCUCGAAAUGGGAAAUCGUGGCGCUCAUGGAAGCCGCCCACGACGAGUUCGAGAUCAACCACGUCUGCUGGGCCGAGCGGCGCGACAAGGAUAGACGGUUCGACGGCGAGGAGAUGAUCAUUUCGACUGGCGACGAGGGCGACGUUAGAAUAUGGACCUUGCCUGACGACCUCAUGGGAGAGUUUUGA